AUGGCGGAUUACACGGUCAUCAUUUUGGAGAAGCUUGACCAGCGUGAAGCCGCUGACCCAGCACUGCCAAAUUCCCUCUUGAAGAUGCUGAACUAUGCUCGCGCGGAACAAAAGCAAGACCUCGAUGUCCUCGACGAAACCGACCUCUCCACCAUCCUAUCCACCAGCGGCGGCACCAUCCCGCUCGCCAAGCGCCGGCGCGCCGACCUCGUCGCCAGCACGACCGCCUUCCGCGCCUGGCUCGUGGACGCGGGCCCGGCCGCGGCGCCGCGCAAGCCGCUCGUCCACGGUGACCUGCACCUGGUGCGCGGUCGUAAUGGUAGUAGCGGUAGACGCGGUGAUCCGCGCUACCUGUCGGCGCUGACGCGGUUUUGCGCGACGCUGGUGCGGGCGCUGCGUGCGCGUCCGGGGGAGUAUGUGCCGCUGGUGUUUUUUUGUGGGAGUCAUGUGGAGAGGGAUGAUAUGUACUGUGGGGGGAGGGCGUUGGUGUGUAGUCUUAUUGCGCAGUUGCUGCGGUGGGGCUUUGGUGGUGGUGGUGGUAGUGGGAAUGGUGAUAGCGCUCGUGGCAGUGGUUGGGUUGGCUUUGAUGAGGAAUUGCGGCGGGUACAGGAGAACGGCGCCGUCGACGGGGCGAUACAAAAUCAGUUGCGCGCUGUGGAGAGAGGGGAGGAGGGUGUUGGUGAUGGCCUGGGCAUCUCGAGGCUCUGCAACCUGUUUGCGUGCCUGGUUCGGCGGCUGCCACGCGGGGUGACGGUCGUCUGUAUUGUCGAGGGCGUUUCACAUUAUGAGCUCGAUGACUAUGAGGACGAGAUGCUCAGGGUGGUAGGUCGCUUGCUAGGCCUAAUAAGCGACAAAUCCAUGGCUGCGGUGGUCAAGGUGCUAGCCACGAGUCCCACGACCACCGACUCGGUGCAGUGGAAACUUGAAGGUGACGACGACGACGGGACUUGCUUUCUCUCCUUGGCCGAGGACCGCCCGAUGGGACAAGCGGGAGGUAUGCCACGACUCUGGGGAAACUCGGACGAGGACGAGCAUUCUGGAAACUCAGAUGUUUCCCUGUCGUCCGAUUUGACGAACUCCGAUGAUUCAGACGAUGCAGGGACCGAUGGCAGGGCACAGAUUCCAACCGCUUUGAUCCACGUAGAGCCAACCAUUACAAGCCACGCAUAG